UAGCCGUGAACCCAGAGCGUCUGUAGCUAGCAAAGCGAUGCGUGUGCAGAGAGACACGCCAACGGCAGUUGUUGUUAGCGAAUUUCUCGCAUCGGAACGUAAGAAACGUACGGAAACAGUAACCGGCGUUAGCAUGUUGACUCUGCAAUCAAGCCACUCCGUGCUAACAACGGCUGUGAGGUUAACCGUGUGAGCGUGCAGUCCUCCCUGCCAAAGAGGGGGAGGCACCAGGGACCAUGAGUGGGAAUGGCUCUCAUACAGAGGCGAAGAUGUACUUUGAGGUGGAGGUGGAUCCCCUGGAGCACGACGAUGACGAAGAAGAAGAAGAAGAAGAGGACAAGAUGCCCUUCGACAAAGAUGAUGACCCGACCGCCGAGCCUUCGUCGUCCACCGGACGGGUGUACGACCGCACUACGGUGCUCAUUGAGCGGGACCCGAUCCGGCUCGAUGAGGAGGGAGAGGAGGAGGGGCAUUGUGGAGGGUACGGAGACGGGGUCACCUUCCUGACUGAAGGGGAGGUUGAUGGAGACGAGGAGGAUGGCUCCCUGACAUUUAUGAGCGAUCCUGAUGGCAUGUCACGGGGUUACGUGCACCACACCAUUUCUCAAGACCAGAUCCAGUUCACAAUCAAUCCGGGCUCCACUCGCAUGCCUCGCAACAUAGAGGGGGCCACCCUCACCUUGCACUCCGAGUGCCCCGAGACUAAGCUGAGAGAGGUGAAGCGCUACCAGUGCAUGUUCGAGGGUUGCACCAGGACGUACAGCACGGCGGGAAACCUGCGGACCCACCAGAAGACCCACCGCGGCGAGUACACAUUCGUGUGCAAUCAGCAGGGCUGCGGAAAGGCCUUCCUCACCUCCUACAGCCUCAAGAUCCACGUGCGUGUUCACACCAAGGAGAAGCCGUUUGAGUGCGACGUGCAAGGCUGCGAGAAGGCCUUCAACACCUUGUACAGACUAAAAGCACACCAGAGACUUCACACAGGCAAGACAUUCAACUGUGAAUCAGAGGGAUGCACAAAGUACUUUACCACACUUAGCGACCUGAGGAAGCACAUUCGCACACACACCGGGGAGAAGCCAUUCCGGUGUGACCACGAUGGCUGCGGCAAAGCGUUCGCUGCGAGUCACCACCUCAAAACGCAUGUACGGACGCACACAGGGGAGAGACCAUUCAACUGCCCCAGCAACGGCUGUGAGAAGGCCUUCAGCAGCCAGUACAGUCUGAAGAGUCACGUCCGGGGCCACGACAAGGGGCAGCCCUUCACCGUCACCCUCACGCAUCCGCUCUCCGAAGAUGCAAAUCACUCGCUGUGCCUCAGUGACUUGAGCCUCAUCUCCACUGACUCGGAGCUCCGGGAAAACAUCCUCAAUACUCAACAUUUGGACCUCAGCAAUGUGACCCCUGUGAAAAUCUUUGAGCUCAUGUUCCAGAGUCCUGAAAAUAGUGUCAGCCAAGAUGAUGCCCCCCCCAACGAGGGCCUUGCUGAAUCCUCCAGCCUCGAGACGCCAACCCAGUCGGUGGUGACUGACGGAUCGCCUCUCGUCUCCUUCUCCCUCCGUCCCACCUGCUCCUCCUCCUGUUCCCACCCGACUGCUCCGCCCAGUCGGAGCUCUUCCUCUCCGGCCUCCGCCCCUGCGUCUGUCACCGUGACGGUCAGCUCGACCCAGCGGCCUCCUUUCAUGCCAGUAGCCGGGCCCCAGCAGACCUCCGACCCGCCCGCCCGAGCCUCCGGCCCCACAGCACCCGACCACAUCGCCCCCCAGCAGCACUUCGUGGCACUGCCCCCCACAUUCCUGCAGCCGGACGGUGCCGCCCAGACCCCCCCUCCUCUGCCACCAGCCGUCUCUACUCCGGCACAGUCGGCCCCGACGCCGGCUACAGCGGCGCCGGGCGCUGCCCCCGCACCUGUUGUCGCGACAACCGACGCCGUCGUGGCGCAACCUGUGCCUUUGGCCAACAGCCCCGUUGCCAACGCCGGCCCCUCCCCUGCCACCUUAACCAUAGCUCCCACAGCGAACCUGCUGCAGCCCAGCCUGGUGAUGUCGGACCAGAACCUGCAGUGGAUCCUCAGCAGUGCUGCCAGCAGCCAGCAGAACCCGGAUCAAGCGUCACAUCAAGGAAAUCCUAAAGUGGAAAAGCUUUUCUUCACUACAGCCAUACCAGUGGGAGGAAAUGCUGGCAGCUCGGUGCAGCAGAUCGGCCUCAGUCUGCCCGUCAUCAUCAUCAAACAGGAGGAGUCCUGCCAGUGCCAGUGUGCCUGCAGGGACGCUGCUAAAGACAAGAGCUCAACGAGUGCCCCCUCCAUCGCUUCAGCACAGUCGCAACCACCGGAGGCCCCGCCCCCCCCUCUCCCACCAUCUCGACCCCCGGAGCCGCCACGUCAUCCAGCCGCCUCGUCCUCUCCUUCUAGCCGCCUCCCCACUUCUUCCUCCAAGGUGGGCGAGGUGAGGCUGGAGGCACCCCCCUCCUCAUCUUCAUCCUCAGCUCGGACUCUCUCCACGAUAGUGAGCAGCAGCGCCACAAACCCCCCCUCGUCCGGCGGGUUAGCCAACAUGGACGUCUCUGACUUCCUCUCCCUGCAGAGCCCUGAGACAGCGGCCAACAUGGAGGCUCUGCUGCUGGGGGCUGAUGACUUCAACAUGGCCACUGAUGGCCACCCUUAGAAGAGCUUCUCUAGUCAUUCUGUGCGCCUUUCUGUUCUUUACACAUUAUAUAUUAUUCACAUAUAUGAAUACUUUUUCUGUUGAUUGCAGUGGUUGAAUUUUUAAAGACAGGAUUAGUUUGCUUAUUGAGAUGGAGCAAUUUUGAUGCUCCUAUUGAUAACCCAGGGAAAAGGCAGUAGAUCCUUUAUAUAUAAACAUCAUUUAAAUGUGUGUAAUAACCCUCUAUAUCCAAUCUGAAUUGAUUGACUGAAGCAAAGGAGUGUUGUCCUCGCACUGGUAACUUAGGAGUUCACUUUUCCUUGAAGGUCAGACAUCAAACUGUCUUUGUACUGUACGACAGGUCCUAACGAAUGCUUAAAGCUGGUAUGCAACUGACCAGAAUGCACUGUAUAUUAGAGGACAUUUAAUUUAGACAUUUGAAGGGUUGGGUCACUUCUCCCCUCCAAAAACUACAAUAUGAAGUUAUUUCCUUAGUGUUUCUUUUUUUUCUGGGAAGACUUGUGUGUGAAAGAUAUUUACUAAUCGAACCUGUGAGCCGAUCUGCCUGUCAAUAAGUAAAUCAAUAAGUUGCCUAUAACUUAAACUAAUUUAAAAUUGUACAUGUUAAUUUAUUUAAAUACUUGAUUUAUUUCAUCAAACUGGUAAUACUUAUAUACUAAUUAUUAUCCAUUAGAUAACAGAAAAAUCUAUUAAUUUAUUCCAAUCACAUGUUGUGUUUAAGUUGAGCCGUUUAUGUUACUGAUGUUUUAUUAGACUUUUUUUAACCAUGUAAAGAGUGAGAGUGAAACAAAAUGUCCCCGAGGAGCCGUACAGGGUCGUGACCCUCUCAGGGACGCAUCAAGUUGUGACCCUGGUUCCCCCCCCCCCCCCCCCCCCCAUCGGACCCUUCGUUGGCACCACUGCAACCUUUUUGUAUACAACUGCUGUAAAGUAGCAUUUAAAAGAUGGAAACAAUGUAAAUAUCAGCGCAUCUCGGUGAGAAACAUGUAGAUUAUCCUAGAGUUUGUAUUUUUGUAUAGACUUUUGAAUUCUAAGCUAACGUGUAUAGCCUAGGUAAUGUGUACCCUCUGCCCUUUGCAUUGCUCCCUUUGCUGUGUUUUAGUUGCUCUUCAAUUAGCUCCCACAGUAACAUAAAAUAUACACAGCCUUCUGCUCAGUUUCACAGUAUUGUUUCACACGGGACGCAAUGCAAUGAUGAAAGAUGGAAGGCCUUACGCUACUUGGCCUUACAACAGAACCGGUUCCUUGCCUUCAGUCUGUGCGUCAGACCGCUGGCGUCCAGCAGCAGACGCGUUGAGACGGUCCAAAAAUAAGUGAUUUGUUUGGGAAGUUGAUGGAUAUGCAGCGUAACGGUGAUGUGGAUCUACUGUAGGAUCAAAGCGAACACGCAUGCCACACGUCUGGUUCACCUUUGCCAACAUUUAGAGUUGAGCGUGCCCCUUAAUUCACAGGCGCCAAGUAGGCAAUUCGCUAUUUGAAAGGCUCCAAUCACUCAACCAUUCCAUUUAUAUGCAGUAUAUCGUCUCCACCUGGUUCCAAAUUGUGGUUGGAAUUAACAUUUCUUUGUAAAGGGCAUUGAAAGUUACUGCCAGGUGUUCAUGUUUCAGUCAAAGAACACAACUAUGCAAGCUCACGUAUAGCAUUUGCAGGUUUGAAAACCGACUCGAGAUUUAUUGACUCCCCUCAUGAAGUGAUUUUGUACCAGAGAGAGACCGGAGUGUUGGUACUGUUCCCAUGAACGCUGCAGCAUGAGGAUCCUUUGACAUGUGCUUUGAAAGAGUAGUGAUUCUGUUUUAAGAGUCGUUUUGGUCAAAUGUAUGCAGCCCCCCCCCCCCCCCCCCCUUUACAUUUUGUGUGUUUGAUUUGCGCUCACUCCAUUUAUGUAAUCAUCACUUUUCACAUUUAAACUCUGAGGAGUUGGUUUAUUUUUAUCAAUAACAGUAAAACUGGCCGCUGUCGAUCCAUUAAGUUUCUGUGAAUUUCACUGAGACGGAAAUAAAAUCACUGAUGGAGACAUUUGUUUGGAAGCAGAUUUCAUGGCGAGAAUUCUUUUGAAAGUGAGAUCCAGACAUUUCAAUUUCGUUUUCCCCCAAUUGGGUCAAAUUUGAGAACACGUUUCCGAAAGAGCGUCUUGAAACC